AUGGCAAUGUGUUUAAAGCUAGUAUGUGUUCUUAUUGUGAGUGUUUUGGCACAGUGUUACGCGGAUAAGUGCAAUGGAAGCUCGUGUCAGCAUGGAGCGCGGGUCGUACGGGAAGCUUUGGAGCAGUAUGGUCCCGCAGGAAGCGCUGACGUUAUGAAUUUGGUCGAUGGAAUUGAAGUUGUCGAGGUUGUGCCACUAGGUGAAGCAAGGGCCAACGGCGGCGGAUCACCAUCGCCAAACGAGCCCUUGCUGAGCCGACUGGCCAGAUUCCUCGAAUCACACGAACUCAAGAUUAAAUUAAAUAACUUAAUGCCUGGAUCCCAAGUUAGAGAAUUCUUAACCGAAACUUACAAGGAUAUCGAACAAGACAAAACUCUCGGAGAGGCACGUAAGAAGGAAAAAGGAGGCAGCGGCAUCAUCCUGAUGAUGGCUUUGAUGAUGGCAAAGAUGAAGGCUAUCCUUGGUUUCGGUGGUAUCGCUGCAAUUGCCCUAAAAGCCCUCGGUGUUGCCAUGAUGGCUUUGAUGAUUUCAGCAAUAAUCGGUGUCAAAAAGCUAUCCGAGCACAGCCACGAUGACGGCGGCCACCACGUGAGCUACGUAUCCAUCCCGCACCACGACGAACAUCACAGAAGACGGCGAGAUGCCGAGGCCGACGCAAAUGCAUUUGCAUACCGCGCGUGGCGUCAACAGUACGAACCCAAGACCGCUCACUAUGCAUCAUGA